AUGAAUCGAGCAGCCCAGAGAGCACUGCCUUACACCCCUCGGACUCAAAGCAUAGACGGCGAAGAGGAUAGCGACGUAUCCGACAAUGGAAGCUUUUUCAGAGAUAGCGAAGAUUGGAGCGAUGAGGAACCGGGGCAGGAGACGAGAACUCAUCAGAGACCGAGGCCACAUUUCGUAGAUCGUGGAUUUGGACAGUCCCAAUCUCAGAACCCGGUCUCUCGCAACACUCACCCCCGGCCCCACGUUGAACUGGACGAUAAUCGUACCGGCCGUUACUCGCGGAACUCAGGUGGACAAGCUGUUCCGUUUAGACCCCGGGGAUACUCUUACAGUCACCCAGAUCGAUAUAAUCCUUCUUACAGGCCAGUCUCUCUUAACCCGCAACCUCAAAGCAACCAAAGCAACCCUUUUAUCCCACAGCAUCCAAGCCAACACCUUCAUUCACCCUUCGCCCCUUAUCCCACGGAUAUAAAUGCCUACCCCCAAGGAGGUAACUUCAUGAGCCCGACUCCUCCUGCAUAUCCGCCCCCUUCCAAUCCAUACCCGCCGCCGAACGUGUGGAACGGCAAUCCCCAUAGUCACUAUGCCAAAAAUGUGCCGCCACCUCCAGGGCCUCCUAGCGGCUACUUCCAACCCAAUCCUUUCGGCAAUUCUACACCUGUGCCACAUCCAACAGUAUAUCCGAACGAAGAGGAGGAAUAUUAUGAGGAUUAUGUACCCCUUCAACCACGAAGUAUGCCGUCAUACGAUCCCACACACAAUAGCCGGCCCAAGCCACAACCACUUCAACCAAGGAUUAGGCCGUCUCGCCGAGAGCAAGAUUUGCAAAAGAGACUGGAAGCUCUGGAACGAGAACAAGAAAGGACCAGACAAAUUACCUUGAGAGAACAGGCGCAAGAAGCGGCCGAGCGGGAAGCAGCUGCAACGAAGGAAAUCGACCUGCUACGGCGUGAGUUGGAGAGGAUGAAAUUUGGAUUUGACGAGUUGCGACAAAGUUUCUUACUUAGAGACACAGAAAUACAAUCAGAGCCUGGUUGGGGGGUGGGAAGAUCAGAAUAUGAAAACAGACCGUACACUACGCCUGCGCGUUCUGUUCAGGAUGGUCCAACACCUUGGAGUGGAAGAGAAGAGGGAUAUCAGGACUCAUAUCAACAAGAACUUGACAAGUUUAGGAAUGGAAGACGGCAAAGUGAGCUUCGGUCAUCGUACCAGGGCUCAACGCCAAGUAGGCAGGGUGAUACGUAUAGGGAGAAGAUGGAAUCCGAUCGAAGAUCGACAAUGAGCGGCCGAACCGACUCAGAAAACCUACGAAGGGCAUUCAACGCUGGCUUAGAGGUGGCGCUGAGAAGUCUUGACGAAGCAGAAUCGGUCGUCUAUGGCCCAGCUUCCAGAUUGUCCGUACCAAGAUCCGCCACUGAUGGAUACGCUGACAGAGAUCCUCUUUCGAGAUACCCAAACGCUCGGCCGACUGACGCCUAUGGUAGAGAGAUGUUCGAGCCGUCGAGUGCACCAAACUUGAGCCAAGGGCGACCAGACUAUAAUGGUUUUGACUCUCGUGCACCGCCAGGUCCUGGUCGAGCAUCAUUUAGACCGCAAACCACUGACGCUGACUGGGUGGGCAGGCCACCUAGGCGUAGACCCCGUGCCGAAGGUAACGAUGAGCGGGAGUCGAAUACUGCUAGCCAGAGAAAUGGCCAGCCUCGAAGCUCUGUUCAUAUCGCGGGCAACACAGGCGUUUCUCCUACCAGGACUGACACGCGGGGCGCCGAUUACAUGAGUGGUGGAAAUGGCGGAACCUUCCAGGACAUGGGGGUAAAUGCCCGUCCAUCACGAAGAGUUUCGAUCAACCAUGCCGGGAUCAACAGGCAACCCGGCUCUGGGCACCAAGAUGAUUAUUUUGAUGAGGAGAGAAACCCGCCGAAUGUGAGAUCGCAAAGAUCCCAGUCUCAUCGCAAUCGCGGGCCGGGCAGGGAGGCACCUCCACCACCUGUCGCACCAGAGCCUCCUCAUAGAUAA